UGUAAGGAGGAAAAGGGCUCUUCGCAAAAGGGCACAUGUUCGGUUGUUACUGUCACUGUAAUAAAUCUGGAUGACCUCAAAAACUACCUGAAUUAACAGUGACAGCUCGCAGCCACAUGGGGGCAGUAUGACACCACGCAUAACGCCAGAUCUGAACCCUCCGCAGUGACCGUCCCGGACUCAGUUCAGUGGUGUUGACAGUCAUGUAUUCACAAAGAUUCUCAAAAGAUCAUAAGACGACAAUGUUUGUUCAAAUGUUUGCGUCUGAAUCACAGGUUUACUGGCAAUAGACGCGCUCCUGUGUGCUGUUUGCGGAUGUUGUGUAUGAACUUUCUGAAUAUUGACAGACACCGAGCCUGUCUGGGAUGGACGCUAUUUGUGGCCCUGCUCGGGUUGCUACCACUGACCUCGUCAAGAAAUGAAGAAUCUCUAUACUUGAGGAUCAAAAGCAGAGGAACCAAGAUGUCUGCGUUCAUUAGCCUCCAUGUGCCCAACAAACGAUGACCACUCCCGUGCAAAACUGGGCCUCUGGGUGCAUCCAAAAUGGAAUAGAUCAUGUGAUGAGAAAACGCAUCAUCAAAACCAUCAAAACCACCUUUUUGCAUAAAGUUUGAAGAAAACUAGGCUUCUUCUGUUUGAGGUGAGGAAGAGGAGAAGCAGGAGGAAGAGGAGUAGGAGGAGAUUUGAGGUGCGAGUGAAUGCAACCAUGGCCUGUACGCCAUGAGCAGGUGCGCCGUGGAAAAGACACCAAAGGAGACAGAGACGACCAACAGGAUGAAACUAAGGGGGAGGUCAGCUUGGCCUUGGCAAGUGGCCUUUCUUGUUGCCUUGGUGAUGCUCUGGGUUGACCCAGUCGCUGCUGGCAACCGUAAUCAUCGGGGACCGACAGGUACACCGGGCCUUGCUCUGAACCCCCCUUCCAACACCACCAGAGCAUCAUAUCAGGUGAAACAGGGUACGUGUGAGGUGGUGGCUAUUCAUCGCUGCUGCAAUAAGAACAAGAUCGAGGAGCGCUCUCAAACUGUCAAGUGUUCCUGUUUCCCGGGGCAGGUUGCUGGCACCACAAGAGCCAGACCCUCCUGUGUGGAAGCCUCCAUUGUAGCCCAGAAGUGGUGGUGCCAAAUGCAGCCAUGUAUGGAUGGGGAGGAGUGUAAGGUCCUGCCUGACCUGACUGGCUGGUCGUGCAGUACUGGCAACAAAGUCAAAACCACCAAGGUUACACGAUAGCAAGACAGCCGCUGAGCCACGAGGAAACCUGAAAUUCACCAUACACGGAGGAUGGAUGACUCACAUAUUUGCAGUACGAUGGAAAAAAUAUCAAGGAAAGGACUGCUGGGAUAUGGGAUACAAUGUUUUCAUUAAAAACUUUAGGCCCUUUGGAGCCACACAUGCAGCAUAUAUACUGUACUUAAGACUAACGGACUACAAUCAGGGUACAUAUGGACAACAAAGGAUCUCUUUUCUAAUAAAGGACAAUGUGAGAUGAUAGACACUGGUUUAUCCUAAACACUGAUGAUGCAUUUUGAAGUUAGAACUAGAAGCUGUGCUGACAGUUUGGCUGAAUACAAUGCAGACCUGUUGUCAGUAUGUAGAAGUUAAAAUAUUAGAAAGUGGAGAGGAUUUGGGGGCAAUGAAACAGAUAGCAACUCAUAACUAGCAAAUAGCAAAUUAGCUUCAAAUUGCUCUUGUGGGUCAAGUCACAACCAUGAAGAGUGUUUUGCAGGAGUCAUUUUGCAGUUCUAAUUAGGAUCAUUGCAGUAGGAUCAUCACAGCAUAUUAAAAAUUCAUGUAAGAUAUUUGCACUAGUCAAAACCAUUUGGGAAUGUUUUGUUUUUCUAGAUAGCACCAUUUUUUAUUAUUUAUUUAUUUGCUGUGGAUGUCACAUAAAACUGAAGGUGAGCCUUUUGUAAAAUGUCUGAGACUUGGAAGUACUGUAGAUAAAUAUGUAUAUCAUACCACACUAAUUCUGAGUAGUUAUUUGUUGGAAAUGGCUCAGACUCUUGAGAUUUGUAUACAUUCAGCUUUGUACAAUAUGACUAGCAAAGUAUGAUUCAUUCAUCUCAAUGAUGCCCAAAGACAUUUACCAGUUCAGCCUUCACAGUUAUAUAUCUUUGAUCUGUUUUUGUUCACCCUGUAGCAUCUUUUAUGUUAGCAGUUUAAAGGA